AAUGUGGGGAGUGUGGAAAAACAGUUAAAUAUACACUUAUUUUGUAGGGGCACACCGGAAGCAUUCUCUGUGUCUUUUUGCAGUUUGACCUUUCAUGACUGAUUCAGGCACUCGCAGCAGGAGUGUGCACCGGAGACUGCAGCUGCUGGUCCGCCUUCACUAACACCCCGGCUGUUGCUGCUGCUGCUACACCUCCAUCCAGGCGGGGCAAAGGGGGAAAAACACUGCCUCCUUUCUACGACAUUCUGUGGAAAUAAGUCAGCGCUCCGCUGCUUUUACGCAACAUUUAGAGGCUCAAAAUAAGACCUCAGUUAAAACUCGCCAAUGGCAAGUCCGCUCUCAGACAUAGGACACUCUCAUCAUUCCCAUCACCAUCCUCAUCCUCAUGGUCCUGAGUCCACUGCUGCUGCAGACGCUGCCUUUCAGGAGGCGCAGAAAUGGAUCGAGGCCGUGACUGGAAGAGGUUUUGGUGACAGAGUUUUCAGAGGAGGUUUGGAGAACGGCAUAUUGCUGUGCGAGUUGCUGAGCUCCAUUAAACCUGGCCUAGUGAAGAAAAUUAACAGACUGCCUACACCUAUAGCUGGACUGGACAAUCUCACUGUGUUUCUUCGUGGCUGUGAGGAGUUGGGACUAAAAGGUUCUCAGCUGUUCGAUCCAGGAGACCUACAGGAUACUUCAACACGCCCCACCGUCAGGGGAAGUGACUGCAGCCGAAAACUCAAGAAUGUUUUAAUCACUAUCUACUGGUUGGGUCGUGCUGCCAACAGCUGUACUUCCUACAACGGGCCAACGCUGGACCUGAAAGAGUUCGAGGGCCUGCUGUCACAGAUGCGAAAGGAGGUCGAGGAGGCAGAGAGCCCUAAACGCAGCAUCCGUGACAGCGGCUACAUCGACUGCUGGGACUCAGAACGUAGCGACUCUCUCUCUCCUCCACACCACGGCCGCGAGGAUUCCUUCGACAGUCUGGACUCCUUCGGAUCACGAUCACGACAAACGCCGUCGCCAGACGUCCUGGUUGCCCGCGGCAGCAGCGAUGGUCGUGGCAGCGACUCUGAGUCCGACGGUCCAAACCACAGGAAGUUGCCGGACCUGCGUAAGGACGACAUGCUGGCACGGCGAACCUCUGUCACUGAGAUACGGACAAUGAUGCCUUUCAACCAGUACUUGCCCAACAAGAGCAACCAGAGUGGAUAUGUGCCCACACCGCUGCGCAAAAAGAAAAAUGACAAAGAGGAGGGGGGACGCAAAAGCUGGAGUACCGCCACGUCACCUGUAGGGGGAGACCGGCCUUUUAGUCCCAGUGACACCCCUAGUCUAGAAGUCCAAUAUUCGUCCCAUUGCCUGACCCCUGACCCCCAGACAGAUCUGGAGUAUCACAGUGUGAAGGAUGAAGAGGGAGGUGGAGACGCUGAUUAUCUUUCCUGCAUUGAGGUCCACUCAGCAAGUAUGAGAAGGAGCAGUGGUGGGCCUCCAGUGUGUAGUGUCUUCUCCAGCCAUGAACCUCUCAUGGAGACACUGACUCAUCUGUUGGUCAGCUCUGAGCACAGCGUUUCAUCUCGCUCAUGCUCAGAAGAACUUUUCCAACAACCGCCAGCCACUCUGGCAGUGUCAUCGGUUGCCUCCAGCCCUGGGAAACAAACAUUUCUAACCAACCAGGAGGAGGACGGGGUGAGGAAGGGAGUCUCUCUUGCUCCACCUGCUACAGAUGCAGACCAGAAUGAGAAGCAGGACAGACGGAUGCUUUCCUCUCCCAAAAACAGCCCCUCCCACCUCCUUCCUGGAUGCACUGCUAUGGCAACAGAAACAGGCAGUCCAGGCAGACGGAAAGCAAGGACACAGAGUGAAAGUUAUGACCUGCAAGGAGCGACAACGUGGUUGCACCACAGUCUUCCCCCAACAUUCAGCCGCGCUGAUAGUGUGUCAGACGAUUCACAGAGUGUGAGUAUGAUCGACAUGCGUGGUGAAGAGGAGACCAUCCUGCCUCCCCACAGUCAGGUGCGUCAUGAACUGAUGCACAACCAGUACAACAGGAUGAAAGAAGAGGAUGAUCACUGGCAGGAUGACCUCGCGAAGUGGAAGAGUCGGAGGAGGAGCAUUUCAAUGAUGGGGUUGCUGUUUCUACAACACUGGGUAUUGUUUAGAGCAGAAAACUCAAUGUCUCGCCUGGUUCCUGGUAGAGGGCGGAUAGUGAUUCUGACUGGAUUUCAAUUCAAGAGGAUUUCCACCGAGAAAAAAAGUUGCUCUUGCAUUUUUUUUCAUCAUCAUCAAUUUGAAAACAUUUGGUUAACCCUUUUGAACACCUCUGUUCUCCGUCAUUACUACAGGGAGCGUCGAGAAGAGGAGCUGCGGGAGGCCUACAGGAGAGCCAGAACCCAAGAGGAGGCGUCGGCCGUCCUCCAGCGUUACGCCCAGCGCUUCUCCAUCAGUGAAGCUGUCCUGGAAAGCUUGCAGCUGCCAAAGCUCUUAGACCGCAGCAUAUCCGCCGACCCUUCCUUCCCCGGCUCUCCAUUUCCUCUCUCCCUCACCGCCUCCCCAACGACCCCAGACCCUUUUGACGAGGACCCGAACGGGCCCUUAAGGUUCCUGCGUCAACAGUCGGCUCCCGCUCCUUCACCGAAGUUCACGUCCACGCUGGAGGCGCGGAUCGAGGAGUUUCCCAAAGACUUCCAGCCCUCGCAGCCACGACCUCAGAUACGAUCCCGCUCGUCUGAACCGCCGUCCUCUCGCACACUGUCACCCAAACCGGUGCCUUUGCUGAUGCCAAAGCCUUAUUUUGAGUCCACCGUCAGAGACGUGAGUGAGACGUUGGGCAACAGGACAGACGGUUUGGUUCGUGUCAACGGCAGCAUGUGUGACGACGUUCCCUCUACACCUGAGAGCCAGGGAAGAAAUUCUCCUCCUCGCUUCGAGGCGUCACCUUCCAGCACCAACACUGAAGCUGCUGCCGCCUCUGCAGCAUCACCAACACAUCACAGUGUAGACACUUCUCCAACCAGAGGAAGCCCGGGGUCAAAGGACAUCACCAAACAACAUGGCAGUGACGGGCAGCCUGAGAACAACCAAGACCAGAAAGGAAUCGAACAGUCGUCGCCACCGAGCCGACCCACGUCACUACCAGGGGAACUGCAGAAGCCGGAGGAAAGCUUUGUCAAGGCUGGGAAACAAACAAUAGCGCCUUCUACAGUUCCACAGGAGAAUCGCUCAAAAGCAUCAGUUCCACCAGCGCCUGCUACAGAAGCCAAAAAAGAAGAGAUACAAGUUAAACUUUCAAGCCAAAAUAUCUCCUGUCCUGUCCAAUCAGGGGUCGGCAAUCCAACAUGUCCAACUGUUACAUCUGAGGCACGGUUCUCCUCUUCGCAGGAGUUUUCACCCAGACGAGAGAAUGUACUGAGCUCCUCGGCUCCAGGAUCAUCUGGGUAUCACCCACCGUGGAAAAGCACAGAGUUUGAAAACAGUGUCAGGUCUCCUCUGGCAACCAUCAACCCUAAGUUACGCUGGGAGUUCUUCGCUCCUGCAGGUAAAACCCCUCACUCAUUGGCGGCGCUAGUGUUUGUGCCCACAGGUGCUGAAGACAGCUCCUCUGUUGUCUUCUUGUACAGUCACAUUGGGUCACAUGACUCAUUUUUAUUAUAUUAUGUAAUAUUACUAUGUUGCUUAUCUGUUUGUUAUGUUUGUGGAUCGUUGCCAUGCAAGGUAUACAUUCAGUGUACACCCAAAUAUCUUUUCUCCUCAGGAGACGGAGAAAUAUAUGGACGUGGACAUUACCGUACGUACGUACGUGUGUUGGUGGUUUGUCAGGCGUCUGUGCCGGUGUUGCCACAGACCAGGCGGACUGACCGCUGGUCUUGGGACCCGGAUGAGGAGCGAAAGCGUCAGGAAAGGUGGCAGCAAGAGCAGGAGCGAAUGCUGCAGGAAAAGUACAGAAGAGAGCAGAAGAAGCUGAAGGAGGAGUGGGAGAAAGCGCAAAAGGAAGUGGCGGAGGAGGAGAGGAAGUACCACGAGGAGGAGCGUAAGAUACUGGAGGAGACUGUAGCUCCUCUCACCCCUCGCUCCUCAGCGCUGCCCUCCCCCAGCCACAGCCGGCUCUCCUCAUCCAACACUGAGCCCCAGGACACCAUCGUCCGUUCACUGGCCGACUGGGAAAGAAAACAGGAGCUGCUGGAGAAGCAGUCGAGGGCGACUACAGAGAGCAACGAGGCCAAGCGAAGGGAAAAUGACAGGACGAGUGACAUCAGCACUGCUGACGACAGCAUGAAAACAGGAAAAAGCAGCUUGGUGAGUCAGAGCAGCAGUCAUCUAGAAACUCACAGUCUGCAGAACGGCCAGAAACCUCCUCCUCCUCCAACGCUGAUGAAACCCUCGACUUCUGUGAAGAAACAUCAGCAGCCGCCUGCCGACAGCAAUAAAGCCAACAGACCUGCAGGAGAAAGGAGGAGUGGUGCCAUUGAUAAUAUCAUGAGCCGCAGCCCAUCUAAACCCCACACAGCAUGUCCACCUGCUGCAGACACACAGACCCCAGGCCCCAACAGAUCUGUCAGUGGGAAGAAGCUGUGCUCCAGCUGUGGGCAGCCUUUAGGUAAAGGUGCAGCGAUGAUCAUAGAGACUCUCAGCCUCUACUUCCACAUUCAGUGCUUUAAGUGUGGGGUGUGUAAGGGGCAGUUGGGCGACACGGCCACAGGAACAGACGUCCGGAUCAGAAAUGGACUUCUGAACUGUCAACAGUGCUACAUCCGCUCUCGCUCGGCGGGGCAGCCCACCACAUUGUGACGCUGAAUACAGAAGCACAAGGCUCGAUACGGAACGAACCGCUUCCUUGUUUUAACCCAAUUAUCUGCACAUCACGUCCUACUCAUACAGCACGUCUGGAUCUCUGCGUCCCGUCUUUUUCCUUUCAUUGCAACUUUCCUUUUUUUUCACCAGUGGAGCUUAAUCACGUGAGCCGAAAUGAGGAGUCUGGGAACAAAACCACAGAAAGUAAAUAUAUUACUAUAGGGUGUUCAUGUCAUCAGAUACAAGAGUGAAAUCUGGAUUCGAUUGGUCUGUGUGCCAUCGCGAGGUCUGUUUCAUCACACAGCAGCAGCAGCAGCAGUGAGAAGGAGGAGAGAGACUGUUCAGACGCUGGCGGCCAUGUUGGAGAGAGAGGCAGGAAUGAUAGGAGAUGCAGCAAUAACACAACAGCAGUGCUAU